AACUCAUUAUUAAAAAGAUGUCUGACAGCAGGAAUCCAAUUCCGUCUCAAAGAAGAAUGAGAGAGCCUGGCCACGAGGCCAACCAAGCUGACUGGAUAGAUGAAGAUAAAUCAGAAAAUUCACAGAGAAGAGGAAGAGGGAUGGACAGAUCACCAGAGCCACAGUAUCGAGGUGAUAUUGAUGGGUAUGAUAAGGGAAGAAGACAUGAAUCUCCAAGAGGAGGUAGAAGAAAUAUGGACAGAGGCAGAUAUCAGCACAAUGAUGGAUAUGCAGAUAGAGGAGAUUAUUAUGAUAGAAAUAGAAGCAGAGGGAUCCCUCAGGAUCAAAUGAGAUAUGGAGGGAGGCAAGAUCAACAUAGAAGAGACGACAGAGAAAGAUAUCCUAGAAAUGAUUACAACACAUCUUAUCACGCAAGAGGAAAUACCAGAGAUGAUAGAGGAGACUAUUACAGAAGCAACGAUACUUAUAAUAGGCCAAGAAAUGAAGCCAGACAUGAUACCAGGCAUGAUGCUAGGAACGAUAGUAGAUAUGAUACUAGACAAGAUAGCAGGCAUGAUGCCAGACAGGAUUCAAGGCAUGACGCCAGACAAACUCAGAUGUCUCAGAGAGAGCAAGUGGCUCUUAGUACUGGCAUUCCUAAAGACUUGUUGAAAUCAGAUCUUGCUACUCAGCCAGGAGUUAGCUACCAAGCAAAGCCAUCUGAAAUAAAAUAUCACUUCUAUAUCAUUUGCCUUGACUGCAAGAAUAUGUCUGUUCCAAAAGUAAAGGACAAUAUUUGAAUGGAACUGGGAAAGAUUGGUUACAAACUCAACAAAGAAGCUAUCUAUAUUGAUGAUAAAGAAUACGAGAAUGACUAUAAGGCACUUGUUGGGCUAAAAUUUGACCAUAAAGCCCUCCAGUGCUUUGAUAACUGUAAUAAGAUGAAGCUUCCUUUCAGAUUCAGGCUUGAGAUGUCCAGAACGUUUACAUCUUAUCUUGAGAAAUAUGGUGAUGCCAUUAGAACAAUGGCUUACCCCACUGACCCAAUGAUGUGUCCAAACCAGAAGCUUGACAGGCCAAGAGAAAUGAGCCCUCAAAGAGAAAGAUUUUCUCAAAGGUCUAAUGAGAGAAGACUUUCUUAUAGCCCUAGAGGUGGAAGAGAUCAUCCAAGAGGAGAUCACUACACUAGAGAAAGAAGAUCUUCCGAGAGAUAUAGAAGAAGAGAUGAAAUUAGUCCUUCUAGAUCUCCAUCUCCUAAGAAUAGAAGGUCUGAGGAGAGAAAGGAAUACCCAAAGGAGAGAGAAGAUGACUAUCAUGACAACCAUGAUAACAAAUCUGUACAUUCUUAUGAUAAAGAUUCAAGAAGAUCUGAUAGAGGAGACAACCAGAGUGAAGAAACUAUCUGCUAUCUUUUUGGAGUUCCUAUUGAUGCCACAAACAAUGAUAUCAUUGAUGAGCUUGAUAAAAGAGGUAUUCACAAGCCUGUCAAAGUGGAAAAAGGCGGCAAAGACAAUGACUUCGGAGAUAGCUGCGUUUACUUCAGUCUCAAAUUUGAUGUUCCUAUUAGUGUUGAUAAGUUGCUUGAACAAGAAGUAUCGAUAUUCGGUAAAAAUGUGCUAAUCAUACCAAGAGUGGAUAAUAUCCCUAUCAAAAAGCUUGUUCCUUAUCAUCAGGUUCUUGUUACUUUUAAUCAAUUCUCUCCUGGUUUGAACUUAUUGAAUCAUUCAAACUGUAGCCAGGAGAUUCCUUAUCUUCAUAACUUCUUUGCCAAGUACGGCAAAAUUGUGGAUCUUAACCUUGAGUAUAUGCCCUCCUGUUUCGUUGUUACCUAUACUAGACAUGAAAAUGUCCUCGAACUAUUGGAAAAGAGAUCCUUGGAUUACAUGAGCAACAAUAAUACUAGGCUAAUGCUGAAUAUAAACAAGAUGAACUUUAUUCUUCCAGUCAGAUCUGGUGGUAGUAAUCAUGAUGAUUCUGACUUUUGCAUUUCUCAAACCUAUAUGCCUAAAUUCCUCAAGAAAUCUAUGAUUGAUUCCAAGGCAGCCUCUUCUGACAUGCCUAAGGCUGAUGGAGAGCAAGAUAUCAUACCUGCUUAAGUAAUGCUCUAUUCUGAAUAAUUGUU